AUGUCAGCGUCUGAUUCUCUCACAGUGGUCGAAUAUGCACUUCCGCCAUUUGAAGAUUAUACCAAAGUGCAUGCUUGUCGUUGUAAAAGCUGCCAAUUGUGUGAUAAAACCCGAUUCUGGAUGCCUCGAUUCUUUUUCGCAGGUUUUAUUUUCCCGUUCUGCUGGAUCUCGGUAAUUGCCAUUUUCGCAUAUUCUUGCAUUGUGGUACAGCAUGAUUUUGAACUACCGCCGCUGAUAGAUGACGAGCUACCUACGCUGCUUGAGCUGGAAAUGGUUCACAAAUGCGUCUGCAAACCCAAACAAAUGUCGCCGGAGAAACUUGAAAAAAAGCUUGUUGCGGAAGAAAACGAAAUCCAAAAAAACUCCUGUCUAUUGAGCAAUCAAACGGACGUUUUGCCAUCAAGUUCAAGACCCAGCGCUGCCCAUGUUAGCCAGAUCUUGGCCAGCGCAAGAGCUGACUACAUCCGCACCGUCGAAGGUGAUGUGAUCCAAUGGCAUACCAAAGUUUACCGAUUUCACCGCAAUUGGGCUCUCAGAGCUGGUGCAUCUUUAGUGUGCUAUACCAUCAUAAUUUUGUUCUUGGUCCUGACUCUUCGUUCCAGUACACAUAUCUAG